AUGAUAGCCUUGAGCAUGUCAAGCAAUUCUGCUACGGAAAUAAAGGAGGUCCUGCACGCGUGUUAUCCACAAUACGAUAAUCAUACUGGUGCUCUAUAUGGUAUAAAGGGAAAUGAAAUGGGGUUUGAUGUUCACGAUCCUGCAUGUGACGUUGCCUGUGACACCGAUAUAUAUUGCGAUUGUGAUUAUAAGCUCCAGGAUUGUAAAACACUUGGACGAAGUGGAGAGUAUGUCACGUCAAACAAAGAUUGUACACAAGCAGCUAAGGUAAAUCUGCUGUAA